AUGCCGAUGGGGCAGCAUGCCAGACGAUUCAACGCACCAACAAUCGAUGAGGUGGCAAUUGUCAUUGUUGGCGAACAGUUUGAAUCGCGAGAUAUUGUACUGCACCGUAGAAACGAACAACUUCAGCGUGUUUUCGAGCUACACCGUAGUUAUGAUGCAUUACAGUAUCCGAUAUUAUUCUGGAGAAGUGAUGACGGCUAUCACAUCAAUAUGCGAUUGUUAAAUCCAACUACUGGCCAAGAAACAUCGAAAAAACUCAGUGCGAUGAACUUCUAUUCAUGCAGAAUAAUGAUUCGUCCGCAAGAAGACAACUACAUCCUAAAAUGUCGCAAGCUUUUCCAUCAGUAUUUGGUUGACAUGUAUGCGAAGAUCGAGACCGAACGUGUCAACUUUAUUCGAUUCAACCAAGCGAAAUUGCGUUCUGAAGAGUACAUCCAUUUGAGAGAUGCCGUAAUGAAUGAUGCAAAUGUGAAUAGCAUUGGACGUCUAACAAUAUUGCCAGCCACAUACAUCGGCAGUCCGCGCCAUAUGCACGAGUAUGCGCAAGAUGCGAUGUCGUAUGUGCGCCAUUACGGCAGACCGGAUCUGUUCAUAACGUUCACGUGCAAUCCGAAGUGGAAUGACAUCAAAUGCCAUUUGUUCCCCGGUCAAUCAACAACUGAUCGUCACGACUUAACAGCACGUGUAUUCAGGGAAAAGCAAAAAGCAAUGAUGGAUUUAAUUGUGAAACUUCGUGUUUUUGGAGAAGUUCGAUGCUGGAUGUACUCGAUCGAAUGGCAGAAAAGAGGAUUACCGCAUGCACACAUCUUGAUUUGGUUAGUUCGCAAAAUACGACCAGAUCAGAUUGAUAAAGUCAUCUCAGCGGAAAUUCCAGAUGAAGCAAUCGACCCACAACUGUUUGACGUUGUAACAAAAAACAUGAUCCACGGCCCUUGCGGCGCUAUUAAUCCAACGGCACCAUGCAUGAUUGACAAUAAGUGUUCAAAGCACUAUCCUAGAGCUUUAGUUGAUGAUACAAUCACUGGAAAUGACGGAUAUCCAUUAUAUCGGCGUCGAUCCGCUGAAGAUGGCGGUAAUUCAACGGUCAUAAAAGUUCGGAAUCAAGACGUUGAUGUUGAUAAUCGUUGGGUCGUGCCGUAUUCAAUAUUGUUGUCAAAAAUUUUCGAAGCGCACAUCAAUGUAGAAUUUUGCAACUCUGUCAAAUCGAUCAAAUACAUCUGCAAAUACAUAAAUAAGGGAAGUGAUAUGGCAGUUUUCGGAGUGGCUGAUUAUCAGAGCAUCGUUGAAAUUCAGCAAUACCAAAUGGGCCGUUAUGUAAGCAGCAACGAAGCGAUAAAUAGCACUGUUAUAUUGUUCUAUUAA